AUGGGUGCUUCUCCUGGAUUUGGUGUCUGGAUCAAUCAGAACACUCAACAGCCUAAAAAGGCGGAGUCCAAGAAUGUUACAUUUAAGUCACCGUUAACUCACGAGGAGAGAGAUGAUACUAAGGAACAACUACAACUUUGGAGAGAGGCAGAGAAGAAUAAAACAUGGCGUGAUACUCCUCCUAAGGUGAAGGUGGCGACACAAGAAGGUAUUUGCAUUAUGGAAAUUGAAUUGAUAGUAGGAUUGCCUCCUCAAGUAGCAUACGACGUUUUAACAAAUCCAGACAACCAACCAUACUCCAGAAACAUCAAGAAGCGUGGACUCUUGGAAAACAAAUCAAGAAAAGUUGUGUCGGAAGAUCCACCAGGGCAGAUCGUGGAGGUGGAGAAAGUUGUGCCUGUGCUCUGGAACUUGCUUUCCUUCCCGAUAAGUCUAGUUUUCGCCGAAAACCGAAAAGAUCUUUCUGGAGUAUAUGACAAAAAGAAAAUUAUGUUCAUGAAAAUGUUUGAGGGACACUGGAAAGUGGAGCCAAUAUACGUAGAUUCUGAACGUUUGUGCAAGAACAUGAAGCCGAGGACUCGAGAAGAAUACAGAAGAUGUAGCGGUGGACAAGGAAAGAUUGCAUCGAAGGUGACGAUGGGUGGGGUCUUUCAGCCAAAUUCUAUCUUUAAUGUGCCACCGGUUUCAUGGUUUAUUCGUGGGAUCACGGUCAAGACCACCAAGACUCUGCUCCAAGAUUUUCUAAAUCUUGCUGCCGCGAUCCGAGGUGUUUGA